AUGCGUACCAGGAUGUGUACUAAAAUAGACGAGAGACUUGAAACGACUCAAGAGGCACUUUCAGCCAUCAAAACCAUCAAACUCUACUCUUGGGAAAAAUUUUUCGUUGACAGAAUCACAAAAGCAAGAAAGCAGGAAAUUAAAACUAUGUACGGAUUGUACUAUCUCAAUGGAGGUCAAUUUCCAGAGUGCAUCAUGUUUAUGGCAGAAGUAGUGGCUUCGUCAAAAAGAAUCAUGGAUUUUCUAAAUUUACCAGAAACAGAAACACCUUCCCAAGAUAUAUGUUCAACUGAAGCUAAAGUCACAUGCAAAAAUGUGGACGUUGCUUUUGACAAAACGAUUCUCGAAAAUAUCAACCUUACUAUUAGUACAGGAAUCACUUUCGUCACAGGACCAAAAAGCCAGUGGAAAAAGUACUCUUUUAAAGUUAAUACUUCAAGAACAUCAACCUUCCAGUGGUACUAUCCUAACACAAGGAAAAAUCUCAUACGCGUCGCAAGAUCCUUGGCUCUUCCCUUCAUCCAUCAAACAGAACAUUCUGUUCCGGGAAGAGUAAACGAUCUUAGAUAUCAAAAGGUAUUAAAAGUGUGUGCUUUAGAGUACGACUUAAAGUUGUUACCAGACAAAGAUGCUACGAUAGUUGAAGAUCGCGGUAUUAAGUUGAGCAAAGGCCAACAAGCUAGAAUUAACUUGGCACGAGCGGUUUACAAGAACGCCGAUAUUUAUCUUCUAGAUGAUUGUCUUUCAGCGUUAGACAACCAAGUGGGUGAUUUUAUUUUCGAAGAAUGUAUCAGAAAGUUUCUCCAAAAUAAAGUGGUAAUACUUGUAAGUCAUAACUCCCGGUAUUUGAAAAAGGUAGACCAGGUUUUAAUGGUAGAAAGUGGAAAUGUAAAACCAGUGAAGUUGUUGGAAAUUUUGGAAAAGUACAAAGAUGUCACUGAAGAUUUACAUUUGGAACACGAAAUUUUAAGGAAAAAUGUAAGAGAAAGGAAAGUUUACCAAGAAAUUAGUAAAAAGGGGGAAAUAAAAUCAGAAGUGUAUAAAAAGUACUUGCAUUUUUCUGGUGGUGUAGGCUCUCUUGUAGCUAUUCUUUUGUCCUACGGUGUUGCUCAGUUUGUUGUUAGUUAUCCCGAUAAACUACUCAGCGAAUGGGUCAAUCUUGAGCAAAAGCUUUCUAAUUUUACUUCACACAACGACACACUAGAUGAUAUUGUUGCAGAAACAGCUUCAUUAAAUCUUCACAAACACAUGAUAACCAACGUACUAAACGCCACCAUGCACUUCUUUGAUUCCACUUUUAUAGCUAGAAGUCCAGUCAUAGGUUACUUUCAUGCAUCUCUAGAUGGUUCAUUAACAAUCAAAGCUCAAUCAAUCCUGAGAAAUGAAUUCGAUCGCCACCAAAACGUGUACACUUCGGCCAGUUAUAUCUUCCAGUGUUCCAUGAAGUCGUUUGCUUUCUACGUAAACAUUCUUUGUACCGUUUUCAUUGCUAUAGUUGUUGCAAGAUUCGUAUUUUCUGAUGAAGAAUUCGCAGCCGGCAAUGUAGGACUCGCAAUAUCACAAGCGCUAAGAAUGACUUCUAUUUUACAAUGGGGUGUUAGAAUGGAAAAUUUUAUGACUUCAGUUGAGCAAGCACUGGAAUAUGGUGAAGUCAAACAAAAACCCAAAAAAGGUCAAAUUCAGGAUAACUGGCCGAAAAAGGGCGAAAUUCAAUAUUCGAACGUUUCUUUAUCUUAUAAUGAGUCAAACGAUUACAUUCUAAAAGAAAUACUAAACGUUAUCACCUUGUUAUUACCCCACGAUGGACAAUAUGAGUUAAAUAACAAAGUACGACCUUGCGAAGAAAGCGACGACGUUCUUAUUUAUGACUUCAUUGUCCCCAUCGGCAACUUCGACACAAUGGGCCUAUCAUAA